UCUGCGUUGCUUCAUGGGGAGAAGGGAGGUAAAAAACAACCCUCAAACUAUUUUUACUCCCGGCGUCGCCCUUUGCAGAAAAACGAAAGUGAAAGAAAUGAUUCCGUGUUAAGUUUCGGAGAUUCAGCAAUAUGGCUGCGAGGGGAAUGUUGUGCCCGUUCCCUCUUCUCGUGCAGGGAGAUUGGGGCUCCCCCGAUCCCCCCAAAAGUCUGAAAAACAAACUGCUUUGCUACUUCCAGAGCCGGAAGAAGUCAGGCGGCGGAGAGUGUGAGAUCCAGCUGCGAUCCGGGCAAGUCCUCGUCUGCUUUGCUGAAGAAGAAGUGAGGCAGCAAGUUCUCUCCCAGAAGAUUCAUGAACUUGAUCUGGCUGGAAAAGGGAAAUUGAAACUGCUGGUCACACUUCAAGAAACAAAAGGGGCAACAAAAGAGAAUGUGUCUGAGGAGAAGCUUCCUGAGCAGGGUCCUGAGAGAGAAGACCAGCAAGAAGAGAGAGGCAUGCUGAGCAACUUGCAGAAAGAGGAUGACACAGUAGCAAACAGCGCAAGAAGUGAGAAUCCAUGCCAUGAGGAGGAGGUUCUUGCUGUCUCACAAGUGUCUUCUCUUGUUGUUCUUGAAAAUGUAGAAGAAUCUGUUGAGCUCUGCAUGUUAACUCUGCUAGUGGAGAAUAUCAGUGGACUCACAGGAGAAAAUGACUUCCAAAUUGAACUGAUAACUGAGAAAAAGGCUGCAGUGAUAACCUUUUUGCGUAGUAUCGAUGCUGCCAAGUUUAUUGAUGGAUGUGCCAGGAAUGUUAGGUUGAAAGAAUUUAAAAUCACUGCCAGGCCUCUUGAAUUGACCCACAUGGUCAAAAUUGAAAACUUGCCUGCUGGGGUGCGCAAAGAGUUUAUAACUCUCUACUUUGAAAGUCCAAAACAUGGAGGAGGACAAGUGUCCAAUAUUCGAAUGUUACCUGAAGAAGAUUCAGCUGUCAUUACCUUUUCUGACCACCAAGCUGUGCAGAAUGUAUUGGAAAAGCAGCAUUCUUUUAAUGAUCAACCAGUUUUGGUUUAUCCAUACUACAGUUCUUUAGAUAUUGUUUUGUAUGGAAAGGAAAGGCCACAAAUCAAGAUGCCUGAGCCUAUCAAAGUCCCCUUGGAUCCUUAUAUAUGGCAAUUUCUACAGUCACAGAAUAAACUCAUCCAAGAAAUAGAUAAGGAAAUGGCAAACUCUCACUGUGAGCUAACGUGGCCCAAGACGACUUCCAGACAGCCUGAAGUCAUGAUGCACCCUUUACCUGCCUUAUCGAAGCAAAGGGGGUCCAUGAUGAAAUUGGUCAACACUUGGAAAGAUAAAGUUUCUACAGAGUUCACAUGCAUCAUGUCAAAAUUCAAGACUGCUAAAUGUGAAAUUUUUCCAGAAGCAUGGGAGACCAUAAAAAGCAGUUUUAUAAAGGAUGAUGUUCUGGCCAUACCUGACAUUUCUAAAGAAAUUGUUGUCCUAGCUGGUUUUGUAUUCACGGUGGAUAGCAUGGCAAAACUGAUAAAGAUACAGGUAGAAAAUCUGACCAAAGAUGCAGAAAAGGCAAAGCAAACUAUUCAAGAAACAUUGUCAGUUGCCCCAAUAAAGUAUGCUGUCUUACAUAAAGUUUUGCUAGAAAAUAACAUUUAUAAAGAGAAUCCGAACUUAAAACUCUCUUAUGAUUCUUCAGCAAAGACAAUCCAGCUAAGUGGAGCACCUGCAGAAGUAUAUAAAAUCAAAAGUGAUUUAUUGGAGAAGUUACACAGCAUGGCAGAGAAAAAUGUCAACUUUCACCCUCAUGUUUUACAAUUUCUACAACAUACAAGUAGCAAAAAGGUGUCAGCAGUCAUUUUUGAUGCAAAUAAAAUUAAUGCUUUCUAUGAGCUUGCAAAUGGAUCUGUAGAACUGGUAGGACAUUCUGCUGAAAGUCUCUUAAAAGCAGAAGAACAAAUGAAGAAAGAUUUGGAUAAUAAAUGCAUUAAUCUUGAGGACCAAGAAAUCAUCAACAAAAGGGAAUGGAAGGAACUCAUUAGACAAUUGGAGAAGAAGCACAAUUCUAAAGAAGACACUGUAAUAAUUGAUGACUGCCUUGUUCAAGCAGAAGACGCCAAAGUAACCAUAGCUGGUUAUACAAAAGCAGUUGCAGAUGUGUAUAGUGAGCUUUCUGAUUUUGUUGAAAGAAACACUCGAAUGCUAAAAGUAAUCCCUGUCAAGUCCAUAGCUAUUUUGCAGUUUUUGGAGAAGGAAAAGGGUAAGGCUUGGCACAACUUGAAGACAAAAGGUCUAAAAAUGGAGUUUGGGCCACCAUCAAAAUGCAAGAACAUUAUCCUGAGUGGGCCUAAAGCAGAAGUGUUGAAUGCAGCUAAUGUGUGUGAGGAAAUGCUAUCAUCACUGCAUUCCAUCAAUGUGAUGUUUGAAAAACCAGGAGUGACAGUAUUUUUCACAAACCGAGAGCAUUCCUAUGUUACUGAAGUAAAAGAACGCUUUAAGUGUUUGAUCAGACUGCAGAAACAUGGAGAAUAUAAUGAAGGCUCUCCUUCAAAGAUAGGGAAUCCUUAUGCUGAAAUAAAAUUAAAAGAUGGCAUUGCAGUAGAGGUUCAUAUGGGAGACCUGACCUGCUAUCCAGUCGAUGUUGUGGUCAAUGCAUCAAAUGAGGAGCUGAAACACAUUGGUGGCCUUGCAGAUGCACUGUCCAAAGCGGCUGGGCCACAGCUGCAACAAGAAUGUGAUGACCUAGUGUGGAGACAUGGAAGUUUGAAGCCUGGCCGUGCUGUUAUCACACGUGCUUGGAACCUUCCAUGUAAAGAGGUAAUUCACGCAGUUGGGCCAAGGUGGAACAGUUCCGCAAAGGAAAAAUGUACACUCCAGUUAAAGAAAGCUGUGAGGGAGAGUUUGCAUUUGGCGGAAACGAACAACCAUCGUUCUAUAGCCAUCCCUGCUAUAAGCUCUGGAAUUUUUGGGUUCCCGCUCAAAGAGUGCGCCCAUUCCAUUGUAACAGCCAUCAAGGAAGCUUUUGAAGAAUCUGCUGAGAGUGGCUGCCUGAAACAGAUUUGCCUUGUGGAUCUGUCAGAAAACACAGUCCAGGCUCUCUCUGAUGCCUUGAAUGAAGUAUUCGUGGAUGGACCCCCCCAGGCCAUAGCACCAUCUCCUCCCCAAUUGGUCAGUCAGCCCCAAAGCAUCGGAGGAGACUAUCAAAUGGUGACAUCCACUGAAGGUCUGAAACUUAUACUUCAGCAAAAAGGCAUUGAAGAUGCUAUGACGGACGUUGUUGUAAGCAGCAUCGGCACUGAUCUAAAGCUUGGUGUGGGUCUACUUUCCAAAGCCCUGCUACAGAAGGCUGGGCCAAUGCUCCAAGCUGAGUUUGAUCAAGCUCUACAAGGACAAGGCGUGCAGGCCGGUUCUGUGAUCCAAACAGGCGGAUGUAAUUUGGACUGCAGAUUUGUUCUUCAUGUGGUUCUUCCCAUGUGGGAUGGAGGGAAAGGAAAUGCAAUGCAGAAUCUUAGAAAGGUCGUGAGAGAAUGCCUGGAGAAAACCGAAGAGCUGUCUUUAUGUUCAGUCUCGUUCCCAGCUAUUGGGGCAGGUGGUUUUUCCUUUCCAAGAUUUGAAGUUGCCAAGUUAAUGUUUGAAGAGGCGCUUCAGUUCAGUAGCAGGAAAACACUGAAGUCUCUUCAGGAAGUUCAUUUUUUCUUGCCUCCAAAUAAUAAAGAAAACCUACAGGCGUUCUUAGAGAUAUUUGAAUCCAAGAUUAAUGGUACUCCCAGUGUUGUGCGACCAAGUGAUGAACAAACAGGUUUCUUUGGGCUUGUUUCAACCCCUAUUUUGGGAUUUCAUGAAAUGCAGAUUGGAUCGAUUAAAUUCCAAGUAGCAACAGGAGAUAUUACGAAGGAAAAUACAGAUGUUAUUGUCAAUGUAACAAAUGAAAAUUUUAGUGCCAAAUCAGGUGUCUCCAAAGCCAUUUUGAAAGGUGGUGGACCUCAAGUUGAGAUUGAAUGUGCAGCACUUGCCUCACAGCCUCACAGUGGAUUUAUAAUCACAAAAGGUGGCUCUCUGAUCUGUAAGAAGAUUAUCCAUCUUGCUCCCAACCCUGACACAAAAGCUCAGGUCAACCAAGUGCUCCGGGAGUGUGAAGCAAAGAUGUACACAUCCGUUGCCUUCCCUGCAAUUGGAACAGGACAGGCAGGGAGGACUCCAGAAAAGGCUGCAGAUGACAUUAUUAGUGCAAUCACUGAAUUUGCAAGCAAAGAAUCACCUCAACGUUUAAAAAUGGUUAAAAUAGUAAUUUUUCAACCACAUAUGCAAAAUGCCUUUUAUGCCUCAAUGAAAAACAGAGAAGGCCGUGCAUUACACCCCCCCAAAUCUGUGAUUUCUAAGAUUAAAGAAAUUUUCAUUGGUGAAAAACAACUUCCUAAAAAGAAACGUCAGGUGGUGUUGGAAAAGAGGGAAGAGCGUGCAAUAUUUGAAAUCUGUGGUGAAAGCAAAAAGAACGUGGAAGCUGCUGAGACCUGGUUAAAACAACUCAUUCUUCAGGAACAGACUGAAAAAAAUAUCUGCCAUGAAUUAAUAGACAUGUUUGAUGAUGAAGAAAUUAAGAAACUGAAUGGCCUCCAGAAAAGGCUGCAUAUUUCUAUUCAGUUGGAAAUGAAUGAAUCUCCUCCCUUCAUUCUGGUGUCCGGCAUUCCCCGGGAUGUCCUGGAUGCCUUCGAGGAAAUUCAGAAGCUGAUUGACAACAUUAAAAAUGACCGGGAAGAGAAAUCCAAGGCGGAACUUGCUCAAAAUCUGGUUGAGUGGCAGUAUUCUAUAAAUGGGAAUACAUUCACACCUUUUGAUAUGAUAACCAAUCUCCAUUUAGAAGAUGCUAAAAUCAGUAACAAGAUGCAUAUUGGUAUUCAGCUCCAAGGAAACAGCUACACAACAGACAUCAAACAAAUGACUGCUAAGGAUGGCCAAGGAAGAAGCAUAAGUAUUAAGCGCAUUACAAAGGACCAAGGUAAACUUUCAGUAGCACUUCCUGAACAAUGGGACGCUAUGAUGGGAAACCGUGUCAAAGUGAUUGUGCUGAACUCUUUAAGGCCAGAAUAUAAAAUGGUUGAAGCAAGAUUCAGAAAUAGGUGUCCUACAUUCAAAAUAGAAAAGAUUGAAAGGAUACAAAAUCCUUUCCUCUGGCAAUCCUACCAAGUCAAAAAACAAGAGAUAAAUAAAAAGAAUGGCCAUGACAACAAUGAGAAAAUCCUCUUCCAUGGGACUCCUGGCUCCACAGUGACCCUAAUUAACCAGACUGGAUUCAAUCGCAGUUAUGCAGGAAAGAAUGCUGCUGCACUUGGAAAUGGGACUUAUUUUGCUGUCCAUGCAGACUAUUCUGCACAUGAUACAUACUCUUUGCCAGAUGGCAGUGGAAAAAAAUAUAUGUACGUCGCUCGAGUCCUGACUGGAAAGUACUGUAUCGGAAAACAAGGGCUGAUUACUCCACCACCAAAACAAACUGGAGGGGUUGAUCUGUAUGACAGUGUGACUGACAACAUUGCUAAUCCAUCAGUGUUUGUUAUAUUUUAUGAUGCUCAAGCUUACCCAGAAUAUCUUAUCACUUUCAGGAGAUAAGUGUUUACAUUGGAAGAGCUGGCUUGUUUUGCUUCUUAAAAACUGAUUAGAUUGAAAUGAUUUUGCAUUACUCCUGUUGUUGAACCUGUUGCUUGAACCUUGAAGCUGUGCCUUUGAAAAACUAAGACUUAUUACUUGAGAUGAAAUCUAGGAAAGCAAGUCUAUAUAUAGGCUCAAUCUACGUGGCUGCAAUUGUUGUUACCAUGAAGAUUUACUGUACACAGAACUAAGUUGAAGGAGAGAUAAAAGAAUUAGAAUGGGGUGAGAAAUAUAUUUAGGCACCACCAUGGUGCCCAUAUUUAGGCAGCAUGUACUGUGUUCUCAUUGGGCAAAUACAAGUGGGAAUGGGCCAUGAAGUCUGCUCUGUCCUCCCAAUAUAUUUUUCCAUGAGCCCUUGUCAGUUUGGUUGGAAUCUCAAGUGAAUCAGUAUGACACAACUCCAAUGGCUGUUUCUUCUAGGAAAGGCAGCUUCAAGAGUGGAAAAUUUAGAGCAGAGAAGAGGGGAGUACUUAGGCCUUUCUCCACGCACUAAUAAUUAUCUGUGCUGCCUGCCCUACUUGACUGAUGGGAAUCUCAGGGGGAAAUAAACUUCACCACUGUGCCUUGUUUUCAUUACAUUACUGUGGCUACUGGCAGAGAUGUAUCUUUAGUGAGCAUCCUGCAUAUCUCUUUGCAUAAUAGCAACAUCAUUUUUCUCAGAUGCUUAGCAAAUAAGCUUAGUUUAUUUCUGUGCAAAUUUCUGUGGCAAUAAACCUUUUCCCUUAAAACGUAUGAAUCUGCACAGGUAAUGUAUGUAUGGCACAAGGUGAAUUACUCAACCACCUCCUGAUGUCGGAAGAAGCUCAAGAGAGUGCAUUUGUGAACAAAGGCUUCUAAGAGCAGCUCUUCAUUUUAUUUUUAUGCUUGCCACAUCCAAAACAGCCUAGCAAUGCCUGUUAACUUUGAAGGAUCCUUGCAUCUCCAAUAGGCAGAGAUAGGAGAUAAAAAGAUGAUCAGAAAACUCUCCAGUGAUUCUCCUGUAUGUUUGACUUUGUCCUGAGAGGGUGCUUAAAAAAAAUCUUUCAUUAGUGCUUAACUUUUUCCCAAUUUCUCCCAGCGUUGCCUUUCUUCACUGCCACCUUAAUGAGGUCUCUGUAUAAACAGAAUCUGCAUAAAUAUGGAUCUUCUGUUCUGGAAGUGUAGUACUGUAGGCGUGGGGGAGUAUAAACACAGUCACUCUCAGUUUCUUUGAAGCUGAAUAAAAAUAAAGUUUAUUAAUGACAAA